AUGGAAGUGUUUGCAGAGCAAAUGGAGUAUGUGCCAUGGCGAUCUCCCCGCAUCAAACUCGACUACGAACAGAUGGAGUCGUUAACGCUGGAUGAAGCCCAGCCUCAAGAACAAGCUGAAUUUCGUCAGAGGCUCAGCUGCAAGUACCUCAUGCAGACAGUGUUGGCAGUCAUAGAGGUUUGCCGGGAAUACCAUCUGCCCUUUGUUCUAACCGUCGUUGUUCAUGAGAAAGUUCUUGAUAGCGUAGAAACGAAUGCAACAGUGUCAGCGCUGAUCGACCAAGCUGUGGAUGCGUCGUGGAGUCUAGGAAUGUCCGCUGACGUUCAAAGAACCCUAGAUGCAGUGAGUACAUCUGGUGAAGGUGAUGCAGCCGGUACAGCCGACGACAGUGCAAAGAAAGCGGAAAAUCCAUGGGCAUCUCCUCGUCAGGAGCCAGUAAAUGGUAUUGUUCAACCACGAGUUAUUCCUCCCAUGGGGAAACCUACGCGACACACGAAUCAGUUGGACUACCUCCUCAACACUGUCCUCAAAGAUGUAAUGAAACACAAGCAUGCUUGGCCGUUCAACGUGCCCGUUGAUACAGUCAAAUUGAAUCUACCGGAUUAUCACAAAGUGAUCCGUCGUCCGAUGGACAUGAAGACCAUUCAGAAGCGUUUGCAAAAUAUUUACUACUUUUCCGCGAAGGAAUGCAUGGAGGAUGUAAUGACAAUGUUCAACAACUGCUACUGUUACAAUCCUCCUCACAGUGACAUCGUAGCGAUGGCUCGAACUCUCGAACAGCUCUUCUUGGCCAAGAUUGUCGAUAUGCCCGGCGAUGAUGACGUCACAAUAAUGUGCCAAAAUGUCGAGAAUGUGUAUAGGGACUGCUUACAAAAUCUUCCCGGCGAGGAGGUGGAGAUAGCAAGGCCGUCGUCGAAGCGUGGUCCGAAAAGUAUGCGCAAGGGUCCCUCGCCAGCUCUGGGCGGUGCACGCAAAUCAGCGUCAUUCGUUCGAGCAUCACGGGAGUCUUCGAUCCAGAAAGGAGCUGCUGACAGUUCUUCUGUACUUGGAGAUUCUGAUGUACCCAAUGUUGUUGAAGAAUCUUCAAGUGGUGCUAGUCUAGACGUACCGAUCAGUACUUCGACUCUACAUCCUCUUAAGGUGCAGAAGGGUGUUAAGAGAAAAGCCGAUACCACUACUGGAGUGCUAAUUGAAGAGGACUCUGGAAAAGUUCCCCGUCGUGAGUCGUCCCGACCGAUCAAGAAGCCUGCACAUUUCAUUGACUAUACCCAACUACCUCCUAGAUAUAAAGGCAAAGCAACCGAGUCAAUGAAAUUCUGCCACAAAGUUCUUCACGAAUUAAUGGGCAAGAAGUGCAAGUCUUUCAACUGGCCCUUCUUGGUACCUGUUGACGUUGAAGGAAUGAACUUGUCUGAUUACUAUGAUAUCGUUCCAAAUCCUAUGGAUCUUGGAACAAUAAAAAAGAAGUUGGACAAUAAACAAUACGCGAAUGCACAGGAAUUUGCUGAAGACAUCAGACUGGUUUGCAACAAUUGCUUCAAAUACAAUCCUGCCUCGGAUAUCAUUCAUCAGCACGGCCGAUCUCUUUUGCAAGCGUUUAAUGAAAGGUGGGCGAAUCUACCGAUAGAUGAGGAUGUAGCAGAUACGAAUGUGGUGGCUACGUCGUGCGAAGUGGUGGACGAAGAAGAUGCUCUUGAAAGCUACCUCAAUAGUUGGGAGAACCUGAAGGAGAAGUCGCUAGUGUUUGCGGAGAGCAUAACCUCUCGUCUUCUUGAAAUAAGGGAAAUGAAGAACAAGGAUGCUCCUCAGAGUGCUAUCCUAGAAGCGGUUAAGUCUCUUGAAAAGCUGCUGACACAAACAACAUUUACUGUCCCGCCAUACACACCAGCCAGUACCAGGACUCGGAGAGCUCCCGCUACUCACAUCAAGGAGGAUUCCCCGCUGUCAAAUGGACCAGCCACCUCAGUUUCAACAAUACCCCGAAGAGAUCUCAAGCGCCCAGCAGCAGCGCAUACGAGUUCCGAGCCGGCGAAGCUUUACUGUGGGCGUGGACGUCGUCCUGGAUCGAAGAAUAAACCCAAAGUUGAAAGUUCUGCAAAUGGAAAGCCUUGGAAAGAUGACUACGAGUUCGACUCCGGCGAUGAAGCAUCUCACGAACCCAUGUCUUACGACGAAAAACGUCAACUUAGUCUCGAUAUCAACAAAUUACCGGGUGACAAGCUUAGUAUGGUAGUCAGUAUUAUUGAAAGCAGGGAAGAUUUGUCGGAUAUUAGUCCAGAAGAGAUUGAAAUCGACUUUGAAACCUUAAAACCUGUAACGCUUCGUGAUCUGGAAGCAUUCGUUGCUGCUGCACUUAAGCGAAAACCGCGUAAGACCGUUAAAAGUGAUAAUGAGACGCGCAAACGGGAAAUCGAGGAUAAGAUCAAGAAACUUGGUGGGACGGUGUCGACACAACAGUCAAGCAAGAACGCCGCAUCGACAGCAGAUGCGUCUCGGCAUGCGGUUAGUCGUGCACGCUCGUCGUCGGAGAGCUCAUCGGGUAGUUCGGGCUCGUCCUCGUCGUCCAGCAGUGACUCGUCUGAUUCAGAAUCAGAGGUGAAAUCAGAAGGAUCGAAGCAGUCGGUGCGUAUGAAAUUUUCGAGGAAGGCUGGACAUGUGCAAAUUGAAGAAACCCUCUCUCCAACUGCUCCUAGUGUUGCAAAUGUUGAGAAGACAGAAAAGACUCCUCGAGCACGCCCGCCUCCUGUGUUACCCACCCGUCAGGUCCGUAAGCGGAGUGGGCGAAUUUCACUGCCUGUCACAGCCGAGACCAGCAUUUCUGAAAACAGUGAAAGAAGCACUACUUCUCCACUGAUGACAGCUCUCCGCCCAGCUGCAAGCUCGAAAUUGACGGCUAUUGCUGUGAACCCGAACACAGCUGCGCCUGCUGUGACCUUCAGCGAACAGUCCAACUCUUUAGAACUGACGCAGAAUGGAGCCUCUACAGUUGACAACAAUGGUAACGUAUCGUCGAUAGUAAAUUCUAUUCUUGACGGAUCUCUUUGUCUUCGUCCGAACGAUCCCUUGCUAUCUUCUCGUUCGAGUUCAGUGCCACCGUCUCCUGGAUCCAAAUCUCACUCACAGUGGAACACACCUGAUGCUGGGUCCAGUACUCCUGAACUAGUCAGCGGUGGCAAACGUGCACGCACUCGCAGUGUCCCGCCUCCACCAGCUUCCGGUUACUCUACUGUUCCUGUUGAGAAUUCUCCAAAUAGAGGACGAAGUUCGAUCUCUGAAGCGAAAAAACGAGAAAUCGAAUUGGAGAGUGUUCCUUCGAAUUUAGCAAGUUCGCUGAAGACUGAUCAUGACCUAACCGGAGAACAACCUUUCGUAAAAAAGGUGAAACCUGGAAACAGGAAGCGUAUGUUGCCGCCGAGAAAGAACGCUGUAUCUGAGCAAAAAUUGUCACCAGGCGGCAGCCAUGACAUGUCUACUUACGAGGCUACGGAUAGUGGGUUGUCUGAUACAGGUGCCUCUAUGUUGGAUCAGUUACUUCCUACGGACACCACGAAACUGAGAACACCACCUAUUUCAAGUGGUGCUGUUCUUGAUAGGAUGGUUUCUGCUGAUGAUGCGAAAAAUGACACAUCUACUUCUGUCGGUACGUCGAUCCUUGACCAGCUGCUUCCUCCAGACCCAAAUAGCGAGGUUGCUGCAUCCGUAACAAGCGCUUCAUCAGAUGCACGCUUGCAGGCAAAGACAUCGAAAAUCAGCCGUACUUCAGAUGUACCAGUACUGGAACAGCUUCAACCCCAUCAUAGCACUAUCAUGUCGAUAAAGGCAGCAGAACAGUUGGAGCAGUUCAAGCUUCAGGCUAAACUGAAGGAAGAAAAAAGAAAACAGUUGCGAAUGGAUGAGGAGCAACGCCGCCGGGAGAGGGAUGGUCAACGUGCGAUUGGAGGAGCAGGCGCUGAAAAAGGAGAUGUUCUCCGUGGUGACAGCCGAAAUGACACUGGCAGUAACCGUCCUCCACAUCACUCGAGCCAGGGAAAAGAGGGGCCUCGCGACGCAAGUAGAGAGCAACCGAACGAAAGCCAUCGCGACCAUUCUCACGAUUCUCACGGCGAUAAUUCCUCAGCUAGUGGCACUCCUGGAAAUACCUCGUCUCCAAGUCAUAAUUAUGUUCUCACACAUGAAGGAGCAAUGCUUCGCCGUAGGGAACAGGAAAGAAGAAUGCGUGAAUUGGCCAAGGAUGUUGACCUCACCAGCCAAAUGGAGCUGAUGGCAAAUUUUGAGGCCAGCUUCUAG